GUCUUGAACGAUAAUGAUGACGGGUGUCCUGACCUAAAGGCUCCAGCAGAUGGCUCAGUUCACUACACUAGUUCAGAUGUUGGCUCACAGGCAAACUACUCUUGCAAUGAGGGAUUGACACUAGUUGGAAUGAGUACCAGAUUCUGUCAGAAUGAUGGGACUUGGAGUGGACAGCCACCUCUCUGCCAGAGUGAGGUGUGUACUGUGGAACUGGAUGGGCAGAUUGAAGUAACUGGAAAUUCGGCCACCUAUUCAUUCAGUGGUGUUGGUACUGGGAUCAGUGGCUACAUCUGUAAAUUGGAUGGAGUGUCCUACCAGACUGUUUAGGUCCACUGACUGGACUCAGUCCUGGGUUACACCGACUGAGGGUGGUUCCUGUGGGGUGCAGCGUUAAAUAAAGGAGCUACGUUUCGAUUUGCUGUUUGAAACUAAAUUGUCAAAAACUCGUAAAACUAAGUUGUGUGAAGUGGAAAAAUCAUUUCUUCAAAAUGAAGGGGGAUAUAGGGAUGGCUUG